AUGGUACAAACGAAUGAUGGAGGGUACAAACGAAGGACGGAUGGUACAAACGAAGGAUGGAGGGUACAAACGAAGGACGGAUGGUACAAACGAAGGACGGAGGGUACAAACGAAGGACGGAAGGUACAAACGAAGGAUGGAGGGUACAAACGAAGGACGGAUGGUACAAACGAAGGACGGAAGGUACAAACGAAGGACGGAAGGUACAAACGAAGGAUGGAGGGUACAAACGAAGGACGGAUGGUACAAACGAAGGACGGAAGGUACAAACGAAGGAUGGAGGGUACAAACGAAGGACGUAAGGUACAAACGAAGGAUGGAGGGUACAAACGAAGGACGGAUGGUACAAACGAAGGACGUAAGGUACAAACAUAG